GGUGUGUCAGCGUGAGUUCGUAUGUUUUAGUGUGUGCGUGCGUGUGCGUGUGCCAGCGGGUGAAGGAGUCCUGGCUGCGAAGGACUCAAACUCCCAGACGUCCCCGCCUCAGUGAACCAGGAGCCGGGUCCUGGAUGAACAUGGCAGCGGUGUCCACAGACACAUGCGGGCGCGUGGAGCUCUCCGUGCGGGAGCGCGUGCCCCCGCUGCUCACCGACCUGUACCAGUUCACCAUGGCCUACGCGUACUGGCGGACCGGGCGGCACCGGGAGCCCGCGGUGUUCGAGCUCUUCUUCAGGGACAACCCGUUCGGCGGCGGCUUCUCCGUGUUCGCGGGGCUGCACGACUGUCAGCUGUUCCUGCGCAGCUUCCACUUCACGGAGCGAGAUGUGGAGUUCCUGCGCUCGGUCCUGCCCCCGGGCACCGACCCCGCCUUCUUCGAGUUCCUGCGGGGCCUGGACUGCUCGGGCGUCACGCUCCGCUCCGUCCCAGAGGGCACCGUGGUGUUUGCCAGGGUUCCUCUGAUGGAGGUGGCAGGUCCACUGGCUGUGGUUCAACUGCUGGAGACCAGUUUACUGUGUCUGGUUAACUACGCCAGCCUGGUUUGUAGUAACGCCGCCCGGUUCCGCCUGGCCGCCGGCCCCAAGAGGAAGCUGCUGGAGAUGGGCCUCCGACGAGCUCAGGGGCCCGACGGAGGCCUCACCGCCUCGCGAUACUCCUACAUCGGAGGGUUUGAUCUCACCAGUAACGUUCAGGCUGGUUUCCUGUACGGGAUCCCCGUCGCAGGGACCAUGGCUCACUCCUACGUCACCUCCUUCACCUCCCUGGAGGAGGUGUGGCCACAGACCCUGGCGGCGGCGAGCGGGGAUCCUGACCCGGUGGACGUCAUCUCUCUGACCAAGGGCUCGUUGACCCGUGUGUGCGAGCUUCUCGCGGCAGUGCCGGGGAAGAUCAGAGAGGGCGAGUUGGCCGCGUUUCUGUCCUACGCCAUCGCCUACCCUCAGAACUUCCUGCCUGUGAUUGACAGCUACAGCGUGGGCUGUAGCGGCCUGUUGAACUUCUGUGCCGUGGCCUUGGUGCUGUGUGAACUGGGCUACAAGCCUGUGGGAGUUCGUCUGGACAGCGGCGACCUCUGCAGGCAGUCGGUGGACGUGCGUCGUGUCUUCAGACUCUGCAGCGAGCAUUUCUCCAUCGCUGCUUUUGAUUCGCUGGUCAUCGUCGGGACCAAUAACAUCUCAGAGCAAAGUAUGAUCGAACUCAACGAGAAGGAGAACGAGAUCGACGUGGUCGGUGUCGGGACUCAUCUCGUCACCUGCACCAAACAACCCUCGCUCGGCUGCGUGUACAAGCUGGUGGAGGUCAGGGGACGACCCAGGAUGAAGAUCAGUGAAGACCCAGAGAAGAGCACUGUCCCUGGGACCAAAUCUGUUUACCGCCUGGUAGACACUGAGGGUCAUCCCUUUCUCGACCUGGUGUGUCUGGAGGUGGAGUCCCCCCCCGAGGCAGGAGUCCCUCUGAGCUGUUUCCCUCUGGGGAGUGAUGACUCCUCCGUCUCCAUCACUCCAGCUCAGGUCACCUGUCUGCGUCAGGAGGCGUUCACCAGAGGACAGGUUACACACCCUCCGUGCAGCGCUGCAGAAACUAGAGCAAAGGUCCACAGCUCCCUCCAGACUCUGCACCCCCGGCACAAGAGGCUGCAGGAGCCGGACUCUUACACAGUGGCGCUGUCAGAGAAACUGCACAACCUGGUGACAGAGAUCCGAAGAGGCAGCUCCAACGACAGCAACUUCCUCUUAGCCAACUAGAGACGACGCCUUCAGUUCUUAUUGUCUUUUCCUAUGAUUUUAAAAUCCUCAGAGUGCAAACAUUUGUCAAAACACAACAGAUCUCUGCAAAUAUAUUAAAUCCCGAACGUGUUGUCGCCCGUGUCCUUUAAAUCUGACGCAUGUUAAAUUGAAGAGGCAGAACUGUGCAAACUGUGGUUUCAAUGGAAACAAAAGUCACAAUCUCCACUAGAUCAUCAGUGGCGUUAAAUUAACUUGGACAUAAUUAAGACCUAAAAGUAUUUAACAUCUCGUACGUGAUAUUUAAGACCCGGCAGAAACUCUGAUAACGAGACGCUGGGACCCUCUUCUCUCCGGUGAAGCCUCUGAUGUCAGAUGGUAGUGAUAAUGAUGAUGUUGCUUCCGGCUGGUUUAUCCGAUCAGUUUGUUUUCGUGCCGUCAGCAGCAGGUUGAGUUCAGUAAACACGUCUCCUCAGAAUAGGAAAAUCCUCAGGACUUUGACUUUGGCCGACUGUAACGAAAACGGCAACAAAAAAAACUUUCUCCAGGAUUUUAUUUCAUGCCAACAGAGUCGUUUCAAAUCUGCCAUAAUAACAAAGAAUGUAUUGUUUUGUCAGCAGUUGAUUCACAAGCCUCUGUGUGUGUGUGUGUGUGUGUGUGUGUGUGUGUGUGUGAGAGAGAGAGAGAUUUGCUCUCGUCCUGUUUGUGUUUGACUUAGUUUGGACCUGAAGGUUCAGGAGAGUUCAAUGAUUAACUGAGGAGUCUCUCUCUCUCUCUCUCUCUCUCUCUCUCUCUCUCUCUCUCUCUCUCUGUUAUGUCACAGGCUCUUAAAAGUUAUUUCAUUUACAAAGAUAUUUCAUAUUUACUUUCUUUCCUCCAGUCGACGGUAACAUUCAAACUUUCAGCACGUGUCAGCUGAUUGACUAAAUAAUAUAAAUGUCUUCAGGUUUAUAAUAAAUAAUUGUCGACCUUA